UCAGAGAGUGGGGCCGUCUUCCUCCCUGACCCUGGGCUAUCGAUGAAAAAACCAACGGAGCGGUAAAAGGGGCUGGGGAUGCACAACAGGACGGAGGAACCACGGCUUCAGAGGCAAAAACCAGGAGUGCUGAUGCUGCUAAACAUGGAGCGUCGCCUCUGUUGCGAAGUAAAGCUUGUGUGCUCUGAUGUGGGCACUCAGUGAGUUAAACGAAGACAAACAUUGACCUUUAUUUCGUUUUUAUUUAACCGUGGAUACAAACAUCUGCAAUGAUGCGGACUGGAGAAGGGAGAGGAACCUCAGCGAUUGUUCUCUGCCUUUUGGGAUACCUUUUCUCUAAAGCAGUCGCGAAAACACUACCAGAGGACACAGCAACGCAAGAGGUGACUCUGAAGGUUCACCUGAGCGAUGCCAGCACCCAGCAGCCCAUGGGAGGAGCCACCAUACAGCUCUUUGCCAACCAAACGGCGGUAGCCACGGAAACCUCAUCGGCUGAUGGCAACGCCUACCUGCACUUCCCCUAUCGCCUUGGGAUGCCAUUGGUCGUCACUGCAACCAAACAGGGAUAUGUGCCAAACUCUGUGCCCUGGACUCCCUCCAGAUUACCUGUGUUUUCCUCUCUCAGCCUGGACCUACUACCAGAAAGAGCUGCUACUCUGAUGGUGUAUGAAGACGUGGUGGAGAUUGUUUCAGGCUUACAAGGCUUCCGGCGUCAGCCCAGUGUGCACUUCCAGCGCAGAGCCCUGAGUCUUCCUUCAAACACAUCCUACGCAAACCUCACUGCUCUGUUCACCGUGACCAGCUCCCCCCUGCACAUUCAGCACUUUCCCCACCUGCAGGUCCUUGGUGGCAACGGCACAGGAGCAGAGAAGAAGUUCGAGCUAACUCCUGUGGCAGCCAUCUCUGUUCACUUAUUGGCCAGCGACGGAUCUGAGCUGCAGGUGAUUGAGCCAAUCACGGUCUCUGUCCCCCUGCUGGAUGACAGCGGCCUCAAAGAAAAUGAUCACAUCCCUGCUUGGAGAUUUGACCCUCGCUUGGGUGCCUGGAUAAAAAGCAGCUGGGGUCAUGUGCAGCGGGAGGGAAGUCAACUCAUUCUAACCUACAUUGCUCCUCAGCUGGGAUAUUGGGUGGCUGCCAUGUCACCACUACACUCAGGUCCAGUGGUUGCAAAGGACAUCAGCACAUACCACACUGUGUUUUUGUUGGCUAUACUGGGAGGAAUGGCCCUCAUCCUCCUCUGCCUGCUCUGCCUUCUGUUGUACUACUGCAGACGUCGCUGUUUAAAGCCGCGAGGGUCUCACAGAAAGCUCACCCUGUCCUCUGGUGUGGACAGCAGUAAGAGGGACCAAGCCACCUCCAUGUCUCACCUGAACCUCAUCAGCAAUGAGGUGCCAUUGGAGCUUGUUUCCACUGCGACUGAGCCUGACAUGACCACGCCAAUGCUGAAGCCUUUCUCGUACGAGCACCAAGACAAUCAGCGUCAACGCGGUGUAAUCCAUCACAGCAAACACAGCAGCUCCUCUCUUGGCAACAACAGUCACCACGGCUCUUCCCUUGGCAACCUGACACCUCGCAGCAGAGACUACAGACAGUCUGCGGAGACGUUCCAGUUAAAGUCUGCGCUUUCAUCAGGAACAGAAAGGGGCUACCGUCAAUCAUACACCUCUGUCUACUCGUCCACUAACCCUGUUUCAGAACCACUUUCAUCUGCCAAUCAAGCUCCGUUGUCAGCUAACCAGCUGAGCAGAGGGCAUGUUGACUGCAUCUCCCCCUCCUCUCCUCCUCACUCCCCCAGUAGAGGGGAGGGAUGUGAGUGCAGAGCUCCUGACUACCUUCUGUCCCGCUCUGUGGACCACUUGGAGCGUCCCAGCCCCCCGCUGCUCUCUCAGACUGGCCAGCUUCUCUGCUGCGGCUCUGUGGACCUCCUGAGUGGAGGAGAGGGCUACCCGAGGGUGCGCCCCACCCUGGUGAUCCCAGCACACUACAUGCGACUGCCUGGGGAGCACCCACUGUCUGGUCAGGCUCUUCUGCUGCAGACCGAUCAGCAGAGCGAGUUGGAGACCAUCCAGGCUGAGCUCAAUGCUUCACAUUCCCAGCAGCCCUUGGGGCAAACUCCAACAGACUGUACCCCAGCCCCCACCAAGCAGGGUGAUGGAGAAGGUCCCAGUCUGUCAGAGUCUCUGUCAAUUCCCACAGCGCUUGGGGAAACUGCUCUGGUGGAAAUUAACAGCGAGGACACAUUGUUGGCUGAAAAGACUCUGAUGGAACUCAGGGGAGGGAAGCCUCUGCCUCACCCGAGAGCCUGGUUUGUCUCACUAGAUGGACGCUCAAACGCCCACAUUCGCCACUCCUAUAUAGACCUCCAGCGAGCAGGGUGCCACAACAGCGCGCCAAGUGGAGGAGUUCAGCAAGUUAACAGCAGUGGUGGAAGACGUGGCAAUGGAAACGAUGCCAGUCUGGACUCGGGUGUGGACCUAAAUGAGCCAAGAGCAGGCCGCAGGGUGAGAGACGGAGAGCGUGAAGAGAGGGAAAUUGAGAAAGACAGGUCAAAGGGCACAAUGCCGGCAAUGGCUUACACUCAGCUGGUGUAUGUGGACGAUCUGGAUGUGGGGGGCAGCGAGGAGGAGACACCUAAAUGCAGCCCUCAGGACAGUCAAAUAGAACCCACCCUGUCAAACAAAGCAGAGAGACAGAGAGAGGAUCAGGGACAGGAGGAUGAGCAGGGAAAGAACACAGAGGGAGUGGAAAUACAAGAGGAGCCGCCAUCGCUUUCUUCCUCAUCGCCAGCCUCUCCUCCUCCCCUGCCAACACCAGAUGGAGAGACUUUCAGGACUGAUGGUGCGCUGCUCUCUGUGUCUCCCGAUGACGAUGCAGGACAUGAGGAUGGAGAGGAGGAGAAGAAGAGUCCGUGGCAGAGACGAGAGGAGAGACCCCUGCUGGCCUUCAAUAUGAAAUGAUCCCAAAUAGAGCAGUACAGGGAUAGAUUCCCAGUGUUUCCAACACAUGCAGUGUUUUUGGUGGCUUUAAAUGAUCCUCGUGUGCAAACUGGCUAAUAACUAAUGCAAAUUAUCAGAGUGAGAAAAUGAGUCCUCAUUAUGUGCAAAAACAUGUGUCCUAAGUUUAAAGCCAAAUAGAAGCUCAGGCGGUCCUAAGAAUCUUCCAAAUGCGACUCAGUUUAGAAGCUUAUACAAGCAAACAAGGUACUUUAUCAGUCUCGAUAUAAAACAAUCUUAAUAAAAACAACAUAAAUUGUAAAAAUCUUCUGAGUUAUUUUCAAUCCAAUAUUCUGUACAUGAAAUCAAAUGUAUAGCUGCAAAGAGGUCUUUCAUUUGAAUUGCAUAAAUUAAUCAGGGAUAACUCUAAAUCUAGUCUCAUUUACUUGCAUAAAGUAAUGGAUUUUACACUUAGAAAGACUAUUAAGGCUUAAAACUUAAAACAAAGUUGUCGGCCCAAUUAGAUUAUUGAAGAUUUGAACAAUCCUCACAUCUCGAGACUUUUCCACAUUUUAUGUUAUAUCCAUUGAAGGAAUUGAUCCAACCAUUGCUGCACAGGAGGAAAAGUUAAAGCCAUCAUCACUGUUCGCUUGAGAUAGAUGUAAGAAAAUGAGAACCUGUCCUGUUACCUUGAUUUCCACUGCCCAGACCAUAACAUGAAGGAAAUGAAAGCCCUUAGUUUUUUGUAACAUAGCACUGAGAGAAUAUUUCAGCACUGGGAUCUCUUUAAGUCAGGAACAUGAAGGUGUAAAAUCUACAUGAACUUCCAGGGCUCUGUUUGACACUACCACUUACUUAAAGCUCUUCACGCUCAGUGAACACUUUGGUCUGGGGAAACAAAUGAACUGGCAAAAGAAGAUAUUUUAUGCACAACAAUAAUAUGCCUUUUUUUUUUAAUAAAUGGUCUUGUAAGCGUAGAAGAACUGAAGUAGGAACAGCUGAUGAGUUUCUCUCACAAAUGAAAGACUUCAGGAACCUUUUCUCUUGAGCCAUAUUGGUCUCACUCCGCUGACUGAAACACUACAUUUCCUUAAAGUGAGACUAUCAACAUUAUGGAGGCCGCUAACUGAUCUUUAGGAUUGUGUAGCAUCUGUGCAAAUAUGGCAAGUGAUUUGACUUUGGGGGAAAUUCAAUUUCUCAAAGGGUGUUUGUACACAUGAAGCAGCCCUGAUAUAUCAAGUAUGUUGCUAAAAUGUAGAAGGCUGUAUUUAAUAAAACCACUAUCUGCACUGCAACAUAAUCAGAUAAUGUGACACACCGCCGUGCUGGUGCGUAAGGAUGUAAUGCCACUACAAACUAGUUCAACCCAAGAUAUUGUGAGGUGUACUAAUAUGAAGUGUUUUGUAUUUGUUGAACCACUGACUUGCAAAUUUUUGCUCUGAAGGCUAUGCAUUACUUUUAUAUGGCUGCUUAAAAUGCCUUUUUUUGUUAUUUUAUUUACUAUGAUUUUAUUUGCCAACAUAAAGUAUUUUACCCUUAAAUAGGCUAUUUUGUUUUCUUCAUAUAUGUUAAGGGCUUCUCUUCUUCUUUCUGCCUUAUUGUUGGGGCUAAUAAAAGCAAACUCAUACUCUUACUUUUUCCGGAAACCAAACUGUUUUGCAUGUUUUUUUUAGUUUCUUAUGUCCCAAGUGCCUUUGAACAACCCGACUUUCAUGCAAAAUUUGUGGAAGAGAUAACUUAUUUUUCACCUGCUCUUGCCUUCAGCUUCCCUCCUCUACCUCAGCUCCCCUUUUCUCUUCCACUGGUGAAAGAAAGCAUGCAGUACACUUUCCUCAGCACUAGCUUGUUACAAGCUACACUGCAGACAACUCAGAAAAUGCCUACCAGCUGCUGCAACCAUAAAAUUCCUCUACAGCAAUCAGCAGGGCAACAAUCUCUUUUUGAAAGAGCAGAUGAGGUUUUAUUGAUAUUUCCAGUGUAGUAUGGGAUAGAUAAAGCUAAGUUCGCUUUCUAUGUGAAGCUAAACUGCAGGUCAUUUUGUUGCAUUUUUGUGUUUUUUGAUGAGUAAGGGUGAAUGUCUGUCUCAAAUGUGUUUAUGUGCGCCUGUUUGGUGGCAGUAUUCUGCAAUACUGCUGUCAGUAAUUAUCAACAUUUGUCAAUACAAGGUUCAUAUAGUGGUAGCAAUCAUAUUAUCAUCACUGUGUAUAUUUCUUUCUUUUACCUCUACCUGGUCAAACCGAUGUGUGAGUUGGUGUUGUGAAUGGCCUCUUUUCUUUUAGUAUCCAACAGCAACUUCCAGUUUUAGAGUGGAGUUGCAGUUCAGCAUCCCAAGUAUGUAACUUGGUUGCUUGCAUUAUAUUUGAAGCCUAUAAUUCUAAAUAAAAAUCCAAACUGGAA